CUGUGGACCUCAUAUGUGACAGCUAGGGCAUGAUCGGUGUAUUUAGAAUGACAUGGAGGGUAUUUCGGCGUGUCCGAGGAUCGUUGUGGCUGUUGUUUUUACUCUUUGGGGGUACAUUGAGUGGGGAUGAAGGCAACCCUGAGAGUGUCACGCAAGCACCAUCAUCCAGUAGCAGUCUUCAGAUUGACCGACAAAUGGAUAACGUAUCGGUACAUCCCGGAGAACGAGCGUCAUUCAGAUGCAAAAUUACCGGAGAACCACCGCCUACCUUUGAGUGGUUUAAAAAUGACGUAAAAUUGGAAAACCGUGGAAGAUACAACAUGCGUAUUUAUGAUUGGGGCUCAAAGUUAUCAAUACGAAGUGUACAGUCUGACGAUACUGGUUACUAUAGGUGCACAGCAACUGGGAGUAAUACACAGUCAGUGUCGCUCACUGCUCGAUUAUUUGUCAACGUUGGUUCUUUUUCAGCAUCUCCGAAUGUAGGGGCUCCCCGUUCAUCUUUUUGUGAACCAUAUAACGGCAACGUUUGUGCUCAUCUUCUCGGCACUCAACCAAUCUACGUUGAUAUCGCGGUACCCCAAAGUAUGCUUGAAUCACGUUUAGCCAUGGCAUUCGAAAUGUUUAGCAGCGGCAACAGUAACUGGAGUGACAGUUGUUUGGAAUAUGCAGCACCAUUUGUAUGCUAUUAUGUCUUCCCACCAUGCGAUACUUCGGUCACGAUUCCAACUCCGCGUGAUAUAUGUCAUGAUGACUGCGUGCGAUUAGAGCAGUACACCUGCCGAGAGGAGUUUCUGUUUUUGAAGUCAAGCGGCUUUGAUGCAGGGAUGUUACCAGACUGUUUGGAAUUACCUCGUCUUGAUGGAGUCAACUGUAUUGAGUUGAACGUUCCCGGCAGCCCGUCUAGUGAAACCGGUAUACAAGAUGCUUGCUACACUGCUAGUGGUCUAUCAUAUAGAGGCACAUUAAAUGAGACUAUAUCUGGCUUUGUCUGUCAGCCAUGGCACUCUAACUGGCCGCACCCGCACACAUUGACAGAAGAGACAUAUCCAGAGAUUGGUGGGGGUCACAAUUACUGUCGCAAUCCAGGCAAUAUGCUGGAUUCCCCAUGGUGUUUUACAAUGAAUGCAGAGACAAGAGUUGAGAAAUGUGACAUUCCAAGAUGCUAUGACCCAGACUCAGCAUUGGCCUCGUCAUCACCGAAAACCGGAGCUGGAACCCUAAUAACUGGCAGCAACAAUGACUACCUCAGUUUAGAAGAACCCAUGAACAAUGUCACACUACUAUCUGGUGCCAAAGCGGUUCUACGUUGCCGAGUAACUGGAGAGCCUCAACCAACCUACUACUGGUAUAAAAACGAUGCGCCUAUUACUCCUAAGCGGCAACAUAUCACAAUUAAACAGGCCAAUUCCGGAUCCAAGUUGAUAAUGCGUGAUGUGGAUACCGUGGAUACUGGAUAUUAUAAAUGUGUAGCCGAGAACUCCGCUGGUACGGUCUCUACGCAGGGUAUACUCUAUGUUAAAAUUGGCCCCUUUCCAUCGCCAGCUUCAGAUGAAAGCAUUGAAGGUGGCUACUGUAAACCAUAUACUGGCACUGCUUGCGCAACUUUUGUCGGUAAUGCCAAUAUUUAUGUUAACCCCGAGAUGUCCCAGAAAUCUGUAGAAGAAAUACUAAUGGCUGCUUUUAUGAUUAUUGAAUCAUCAACUGAUCUUUCUGACCGAUGCUCUGAAUUUGCCAUUCCUUCCCUCUGCCAUUAUGCCUUCCGACUAUGCGAUGAAACCACGACUGUAGCUAAGCCUCGUGAUAUAUGCCGUGAUGAAUGCGAGAUUUUGGAAAAUGACAUUUGUAAAGCAGAGUAUGAAUCUGCAAAAUCUAAUUAUCUUGUUAGUAAUCAUUACAUUUUGCCCGUCUGUUCUGAGCUGCCCCUCCCGGGAUCUAAUGGAAGUUCCAACUGUAUCCGUAUUGGAAUCCCAGAUGUGAACCAAGGGGUCAUAGACCAUAAAUGUUACAAUAACAGUGGAGGUGGUUACCUUGGUAAAGUUAAUGUGACCAGAACUGGAAUCCAGUGUCAGAAAUGGAGCAGUACUGAGCCCCAUGUUCACGACCUGACACUGGCCGAUUAUCCACAGUUGCUAGGAGAUCACAAUUACUGUCGUAACCCUGGCAACCAGCAUGAUGGGCCGUGGUGUUUUACAGUGGAUCCCAAAGUUCGCUCCGAAAGAUGCGAUAUUCCAAGAUGUGGUGUACACACUCCUAACAGGAAGAAAAACAAUGAAGUGUUACUUAUAUUAGUGCCAAGUAUUGCAGUGCCACUGUUCAUUGCACUUCUGUUUGUAUGUAUAUGUAUGUGUCGGCGUCAAUCGCAGCCAACCAAAGGAGGAUACACCGGAUCCACCCAUGCUAAUGGUCACAUGCUAGAGUUGGCUAAUUUGCAUAACCACAAUCAGGAAGUGAGGAUAGAUAAUGACCAUUUGGACCAAAAUAAAACAAAAAUUUCCAAAUUGGUGGGAAACAUGUCAGACUACCAUUCGUAA